AAAAUAGCUAGGAUGCUCGUUGAUUAAUAAUAAAUUUUAAUAUCAAAGACUAUGGAUUGAUACAAUACCAACAUGUCUGAUCCAAACGGUUCUCCGAGACCAAGUACUAUUCAAGUAGAUAUUGCAGCUCUGGCGCGGGAGACGGGGCUGACCGAGGACGAGGUGGACGAGUACCGCGAGGUGUUCGCCCUCUACGACCUGGACCGCGACGGGGAGAUCAGCUCCCGCGAGCUGGGCUCCGCCAUGCGCGCCAUGGGGCUCAGCCCCACCGAGGCCGAGCUGCAGGCCAUCGUAGACGAGGCGGACGCCGACCGUUCCGGCGCCAUCAACUUUGAAGAAUUCCUGAACCUGAUGAUAAAGAAUGCGAGUGAAAUCACCGAAGAAGAUCUGAAGCAAGUUUUCCAGGUGUUCGAUCAGGAGGGGAAAGGAUUCAUCACAACUGACAACUUGAAGACGGUGAUGACGAACCUGGGGAAGAAGUUCACUCGCGAAGAAGUUGAAGCCAUGAUGAGAGACGUCGACGUGGAUGGCGACAGCCACAUCAACUUUGAAGAAUUGGUUUCCACAAUGAUCAAGAGGUGAAGAAAAGAAACCCCGAAGAGCAGUUUGUUCAGCGAGGUUCCACUGGCAGUUACAAGUAAAAUGUGACCACACUAUAUUUUUUCUUUUUCUAAUUUAAGCUAUGAGGACACAUAUAACAAACAAAAACAUUCUGAAAUUCUUUCAACGCAGAGAUUAUUUAGAUCAUUUAUUAUUUUCCGAUGUUUUACGAUAUAAUGUGGCUGAUAAGAUAUAAGAUAACUCGAUGUAAAAAAAUAUUGUAAUCCUUUUGAAGAUGGUAAAUUAAAUAAAUGAAACACACUUUGAAGUAAAAAAAAUCAUGUA